UGAGCCGGUGAGAUUUGAACCGCUGACCUGCUGAACACAGUCAGCUAAAGUGGCCUGCAGUACUGCACUCUAACUGCUGCGCCACCUCAGCAGCAGUGGCUACCUAGAAGCUGCCUCCAUUUAGUUCCUUGCUGUUGAGCUAAGUGCCCUAGAGCUGCAUCCAGAAAACAAGACUAUGGCGGGAGAGCGGCAUUUUCUGGGUCAAAUAUUUUAUCAGUUUACCGAAAUAUAAAAUACAGAAAUACAAAGAAAAAUGAAAAUAAUGGGAAAAUAGGGGAGGAAGAGGGGAAGAGGAAAAAGUGUAGGAUAAAAGAGAAAAGAAAAAUAAAAGCGUUGACCUCCGGCUCUUGGUGCAGUAGAAGAAGGUAGUAACAUAAAACUUCAACUUUUUACUUUAAAUGAUCCUACGUACUGGCGUUUUGACAACAACAAGCCUACCUAUUGAACAAAACCUCAAAUCAAAGUUUCAUUUUUCCCCCCACCUCAAGCACAAAGUCCAGAAGCGGUUUCCAAGUCGAAACGAGAUUAAUUGUGUUCUGUUCUUUAAUCAAAGCAGUCAGUUUUGCUGUCUCUGCCAAUGCCAUCAACCUUUGCAGCUAUUCAUCCAUUGUGGGAAUCAGAGUAUCCAUUUUUGGUGCAGAAAGUAUUUUUGCCACAUUUUCUCCUCGUUUUGGGAUGAGUAUGGUCAAAAUUCAUGAGGUCAAGAUGCAAUGGUGUGGUCAAAGAGCCAUGGUUUUUAUGAAUGCCACAUACACGAUCCGCAUAAAAACCAGUCCAGGUUUUGAUUUUGCUAUCUUGGCUUUUCUGACCAUGUUCUGUGGGUGCCCAGGAUGGGGAUCCCCCUUUGAGACCAGGUUCCAUGCUGGAACUUCCUGAAGGGAGAUGUAAAAGGUGGGUCAUUCUUGAUAACACCCCCUCCAUACUUAAAACUGGGUCUAGAGCAAAAUAAUCUUCAAAGUUGAGGCCCGGGCAUGGCUGGGCAAGAGGCCAACACACCAUUCUUUAGACACCAACAUGGUGAGUUGUGCAAGCCAUCUGAGUGCAAUCAAGGACUGGGCCAUGUGAACGUGACUUUGCACUAGAUUGAUGUCUACAAAAAGGUGGAACCAGCUGCCAUUCAGUGCAGGAGCAGCUUACGUAAUGCCCAGAUACAAUUACCAAACUUCUUCUUAUACAAAUCAUUGUAUAAGCAACAUUUAAGCAACCCGAGAUCAAGCUGCUGUUACGUCCUUGCUAGUUUGCUAGCAAUGAUGGAAUAGAGAUCUGUAACAACUUCCUUUCCCCUCCCCCCCUUUUUUUUGCAUGACAUAAUGAAGUUCGAGGUUGAGUGACUUGCAAACAGAAAUCAAGUUUACUCUCUGCUGCUUUUAAGUGCAGAGAUCUGGACAAGUGAUCCUCUCAAACCGUAGGAGUUCCCUUCCUCCUUGAGAUCACGCAGACAUCUGUUGGGAGAAAGUUCCUCCCUUUGUCUUUGCAGUUUCUGCAACACUUCCACUCUCCCUGUGUGUGUUUCUCUGUCUUUGUUUUUCAUUUACUCACUCCCUCUGGGUCUCUGUCUCUGUCUUUCUCUCCGGUCAUGAUUAUUUGGAGGGGGGGGGAUAAGAUACUUUGGAGUUUGACCCCUGAAAGGCUGAUAAGGAAGCAGCUCAGCCUGACUCCUGAGCAGCAUCAAAGGCAGGACCAAUGAAUCCAAGAGCCCUGCAUAUAAAUUCCCCCUUUUCACGCCUGUGAACUGGUGAAAGAGCCUUAUUGAAUCCUCUGCGCUGGAAUCUGGAAGCCACCCUGCGGACUGGCAGAAGGCUGGUCGCCCGGAGCACGAGGCGGGAGCGAGCCCCAAGGAGCAUGCAGCCAGCAGUGUGCCUGAAGCUCUGGUGUUCCUUGCCCCCCUUCCUGAUUAUUUCCACAUCAGCCCUGCAGCGCAAAGCCUCCAGGAUCUUCCAGAGUAACAGAGUUGGCACUUCUUCCAGUUCCAGGCAGGCCACAGAGAGAUAAAGAAAAUUGUAUCAAUGUGCAAGGUGAUGAGUUGGCUCUCAGCCUGAACCUUCAAGUAUCUCCUUAAGCCACAGAGAGAAACUUGUUCGUCUGCUCUCAGAAAACUCCCACACAACCCAACCCAACCCAACACAAGGUGACGGGAACAGGAACAGCCUUCAAAAACUUAUUUUCUGGGACUCUGUUCCCAGCCUUGGGCUCAGCAGAUAAGACCUCUGCUUGUGGUGGGACCUCUCUUCCUUGCAGUUUCACCAGACUCCGGCACAAAGAAGGAACAAUCCACGCGCUGGGCAGACGAGGCAGCUGGCAGCCAGGGCGAGCAGCAGCGAUGGAGCCUAGCAGUACCAGCCCAACGUCUCCCCCCUCCAACAGCUGGACUGCCUUCCCCCAGCAGACCCUGGAGGCCGUUGAUAUUGUUGUCCUGGUUUUGUACUUCGUCUUUGUUUUGGCUGUGGGCCUGUGGUCAAUGUGGAAGACAAAACGAAGCACCGUUAAGGGUUACUUCCUAGCUGGGGGUGAGAUGGUCUGGUGGCCGGUGGGGGCUUCCCUGUUUGCCAGUAAUGUUGGCAGCGGGCAUUUCAUUGGCUUGGCUGGCUCUGGUGCAGCCUCUGGAAUUGCUGCCACGGCCUACGAAUGGAAUGGGAUGUUUUGUGUCCUGGUGUUGGCAUGGCUGUUUGUUCCCAUCUAUCUUGCAAGUGAGGUUACAACCAUGCCAGAGUAUUUGCAGAGACGGUUUGGUGGCAAAAGGAUUCAGAUCUUCCUUGCAAUUCUCUACUUGUUUAUCUAUAUAUUCACCAAAAUUUCAGUUGACAUGUACGCUGGGGCUCUCUUCAUCCAACAGGCCCUGCACUGGGACCUCUACAUAGCGGUCAUCGGUUUGCUGGUCAUCACUGCAAUUUACACUGUGGCAGGGGGCCUGGCAGCGGUCAUCUACACGGACACCCUGCAGACGGUCAUCAUGCUGGCUGGCGCCCUCACCCUGAUGGGCUUCAGCUUUGCCAAAGUUGGAGGCCUUGAGGACCUGAAGAACAGAUACUUCAAAGCCAUCGCAAGCAACCACCACGGAAACACCAGCUGUGGCUUGCCAAGACAGGAUGCCUUCCACAUAUUCCGGGACCCUGUCACGUCCGACUUUCCCUGGCCAGGAAUCAUAGUGGGAAUGACCAUCCCAUCUUUGUGGUACUGGUGCACUGACCAGGUCAUUGUCCAAAGGUCUCUGGCGGCAAAGUCUCUCUCUCAUGCCAAGGGCGGGGCCCUGCUGGCCUCCUACUUGAAGAUCCUGCCUCUCUUCAUGAUGGUCUUGCCUGGCAUGAUCAGCCGUAUCCUCUUUCCAGAUCUAGUGGCCUGUGCUGAUCCCAAAUCCUGUAAAGAGAUCUGUGGCAAUCCAUCUGGAUGUUCAGAUAUUGCGUACCCCAAACUCGUCAUAGAGCUUCUGCCACUGGGACUAAGAGGGCUUAUGAUGUCGGUCAUGAUCGCAGCGCUGAUGUCCUCUUUGACUUCAAUCUUCAACAGCGCAAGCACCAUUUUCACCAUGGACCUUUGGCGACAUCUUCGACCUCUGUCUUCUGAAUGGGAGCUCAUGAUAGUUGGCAGGGUGUUUGUUCUGCUCCUUGUGAUCAUUUCCAUUCUGUGGAUCCCCCUGGUGCAAGCCAGCCAGGGUGGGCAGCUCUUCAUCUACAUCCAGACCAUCAGCUCUUACCUGCAACCUCCCGUGGCCAUCGUGUUUAUCCUCGGAUGCUUCUGGAAGCGGACAAACGAGAAGGGGGCAUUUUGUGGUCUUUUGGUUGGCAUGGUGAUCGGCCUAAUCCGGAUGGUUUUGGAUUUCGUCUACCUGCAGCCGGGCUGUGGGGAGUCAGAUGACCGUCCGGCUGUGGUGAAAUACGUGCAUUACCUCUACUUCUCCAUGAUCCUGGGGGUGAUCACGCUCAUCGUGGUGGUGGCUGUCAGCCUCUUGACGGAGCCCCCCCCAGAGGAAAUGAUUAGCCGCCUCACCUGGUUCACCCGCAAGGAUGUUCCGAGAAAAAAUGAUGCUCCAACUGCAUCGUUGUCCGUUCCAGUCAAAGGAAACCGCGAGGCUGGUCCUUCUCCUCUGGGGCAACUGGAAAUCAUGGAUGGCCCAGAAAACAUUUGCAAAAACCAUUCAGGUCCCUUGGACACAAAGAAGAAGGAGAAGAAGUCUAAAUUAAUGAGCCUGUUUUUGUGGCUCUGUGGGAUGGAGAGCAGAAAUAAGGACUCACCUGAGAUGCCUGCUGAACCCAAAGCCGGAGUCACGGCCUUGACUUCACUUGAUGAACCACCUCUGGUGAAGCACAUCCUCAACAUCAACCUGGUCUUGUGCAUGAGCGCUGGGGUCUUCCUCUGGGCCUACUUUGCAUAGCAUUGGACCAGGCCAGCCAUUGCACUCUUAUUGCCUCUGUGCUUCCACACCUGGGGGUGCCAUCCAGAACGAAGAACAUCAAAGAUAAGAUGACAUGACGAUCCAGCACGUUAUAUAUUUUUUGUAUUCCAUAGGAAAAAAUGGUAGAAUUAUGUGAAGAAUUCAGCUAUGGCUGGAGCAGGGUAGCAAAGGAAAACUGAAGCCCUUUGUUAUAAACGUUGCAGAUUCAGCACAUAUGGGGGGGGGAAGCAGGACUUUGCACUUUUGACUGUUUUAUUCCACCAUGGAUGCUCUUGGACCAGAAUCAUAAACAGAGCAUUCCAGGAUUUAUGAAGCUCAGACCAAAAAAACAACAACAUUGGUGUACAGCAGCAGGGUAUUUUAGUCAACUCGCCUUUGUCUUCUUGGAAUACGGAAAAAUAUUUGAUAAAAUCAGACCUGGAUGGACUUGCAUGCAAAAUUCUUCUGCAAGUUGGCUUGACGGCAGAACGCUAUUUUAAGAACACCAGUGUUGUUGCUAAGUUUUUCCUUAUAGUAACACAGGCUUAGUGAUGGAUUUUGAAACUCUGUUUCAAAGCUCUGUGUCUACUGUUUUGCCACUUGGUGGGUCUUCAGAGGCUGCCUAUUGUGUAGGAGCAAGGAAAAGUUGCAAGCCACUCCUCACCACCCUCUAAUAUGGAGGAUAACAUUGCUGCAGUGUCAAGUUGGGAUCUGUUCCUUAGGCCAGUUCUCUUCAUGGACAUCUUCUCUGAGGACACUUUGAGGAAUCUCAAAACCCCAAAGGAAAGGGAUUUGUAGGUGUAACUAUAUCCCGAGGACAUUUUGCUGGGCUGGUGCAAUUGACAUGAAGACCCCUUGCUCCGUUGGGCAGAGUAUCCCCCAGCACUCAGCUGCCACCACAUUGGCCUGCAGGAGUCUCUACAGUUCAGUGACCUAAGACCCUCUCCCAGAGCCGGCCAGCUGAAGGUCCCACCCUGGGCAGGAAAUCCCAUUCCAUAUUUAUGGACCUCAGUCCUUUCAGCUACUGGACUGGACUGCUGUAAACCCACAUGUUCAUUGUAGCAUGGUUGCAAUGAUCAUCGGGGCCAGGCCCAAUAGAGUGUGAUUAAUUUGGGCUUUCCAAAUCCAGACACACAAACCAUGGUUUGUGGCUAAGUGCAAAACAGUGUUGAGAACAGCAGCUUUCCUUGGUCCAACGAGUCUGGCAGCGCCCCCGGCUUUGAGGCUCUUGGUCACAAGGAGGUCCAAACAUCACUUCAUUUGCUUACUGUUCACGUGUGUUUUAAUCCAAAGGCAUUUUGUCAGGGGAAGGAUGUCAUGCUGAUGACAAACAGUAUUAGCUCUGAUAAAAAUGUCACUUAGGAACGUGCGGGAGAAGCUGGAUCUUUAACUGGAAAAAACGAAGCUACGGGAGGGAGGCUAAGAAACCCCAAGGACUUCUCCUCCACCACAUUUCUGCGGGCAGCACCAGAAAGGAUGGUAGUUCCCUCAUGUUCAGCAGAGGAUCUGUGACAAGAAACAAUGGAUGGAAACUGACCAAAGAAAGAAGCAACCUGGAAUUAAGGAGAAAGUUCCUAACAGAGAGGACAAUGAACCAGUGGAACAGCUUGCCACCAGAAAUCGUGGGCGCUCCA